GUGACCAGCCUCGUCGAUCAAUGUUGACUUACACCCAUUGGCGCAUGGUGUCAGCAGAGUACAGCCCUCCAUCCGGGUUCGGACGAAUUUGUUGCUCACAUUGUGCGACUGGGCAAAGCAACCAAUUUGAAGAUAUGUGGGGUACUCAUGUUUGCCAGAACGAUAUAUCUUCUCCAGCCCCUUGAAUUAUUGAGCUUCGAUCAUAUACUGUGUUAAGGUCCAACUACACUAAACCCACUUCCACUCCCUACAGACACCAAGGGAGGGAGUCUGAGAUUGUAGAAGGAUGGUCCAUCUCAUCUUGACCGGCGCCACCGGCCUAGUCGGCUCAUCCGUACUCUCACACAUCUUGUCCCUACCCAACACCACCAUCACGCGCCUGAGCAUUCUCUCGCGCAAUUCGUCGAUCCCCUUACUCGCCAACACACCACCUGAGGGCACGCCUCGCGCCAACAGAACCACACAGAUAGAAGUCAUUCCGCACCAGGACUUCAACACGUAUUCUCCGGAAGUUCUCGACAAACUUAAGGGUGCUGAAGCAUGUAUCUGGGCUCUUGGCGUGAGUCAAAACGACGUCUCGAAGGAUGAAUACGUCCGGAUCACGAGAGACUACACUUUGAGCGCGGCGAGGGCUUUCUCUGACCUGCCCCUGCCGGACGCCGACAGCGAUGCAAAGCAAGCUACUGGUAAAUCCAAGUUCCGAUUCGUCUAUGUGUCAGGCAUGGGCGCGACACAGACGCCAGGACGCUUCACGCCGAUCUUUGGGCGCGUCAAGGGCGAGACGGAGACGGCGCUGCUCAAACUCGCGGCACAGCCUGACUUUGCGGGUAAAUUGAGCGCGUUUAGCGUCCGGCCAGCGGCCGUGGACGGGCGGAAUCAGCCUUGGUUGUGGCAUGGGGUGUUGAGGGAAAAGCGUAGCGCUGCACAGCGCGUGUAUUUGCCUGCGCUGAUUGCGCCGAUUCGGUGGGUUGGUAGUCAGGGGUGGCACUCGCCUACGGAGGAGUUGGGGAGGGUGCUUGUUGAUAUGGCGCUCGAUAGCAGGAACCGGUAUGAGGGCGAGGGCGUGCAUGGAGAGGGGACGAUCUUGGAUAACGUCGCACUGAGGCGAUUGGGAAAGGAGGUGGCCUCUUCGUGAACCGUAUGCAGCGUCCGAGUGCGUUCACGCCUGAUGUGUUUGGUGUUACGAUGACACUGGCGAAGAUCAACGUGCUUGGUCCACUAUUGCGCCGCGCAAAUGUUCCUUGUAGAUUACUAGAGUCGGGAUUUUCAUAGCGUGGUGUUUAUUGACAUUGCAACAAAUCACUUUCUUGUAUCAUAUUAACAUCAAAAUGUA